AUGGGUCUUGUAGAAGCUGCCCCUGACGAGGUUGCCAAUGAAGCCUCCUCGGCCGACCUGGAACAGAUUCGAAAAUGGAACCAAUUCGUUCCUCCAGCAAUCGAAGCCUGUGUCCACCACUUGAUUGAGGAAAAGGUCCGCGACCAGCCUAAUGCUGAAGCGGUCCGCUCAAGAGAGGGUGCACUAACCUAUGGGGAUUUGGACUCCUAUGCAAACGGACUUGCAAGUCAUCUAGUCCAUCAUGGCAUCAAGCCAGAGGACAUCAUCCCAGUAUGCUUCGAAAAGUCUAUGUGGACCGUCGUUGCCAUGCUUGCGGUCUUGAAAGCUGGCGCGGCUUUCGUGCCCAUUCCCUGUUCCCCUGUGCAGAGGGUCAAGACCAUCCUCUCCCUGAUCAGGCCCUCCGUCAUCCUCACAUCCACUCAGCAAGCGGCAGUAUUUGCUAAUAUGAGCGAACAUGUUAUUGUAGUAGGGCAAACUUGCUGUGACGAGAUUGGGGCGGCCAAACGUGAGCCUCUCCGGGUGGAUGUGAGGCCAAAUAAUCUGGCUUAUAUCCUUUUUACAUCUGGUAGCACAGGCAUUCCGAAGGUGAGUUGA